AUGGUGCGGCUUCGUGGCACGGUGCUCUCUUGGAGCCCUUCUUCGAUGUGGAUGCUCUUCGCUGCAGUAUUCAACGCGGUGCGAGUUGGAGAGGCCGCUGGCAGAGACACCAUCGGUGACCUUGCCCAAUGGUUGGAGGAUCGGGGUGGCUCUGUCGGCGGCCUUGCCGUGGCCGACGUCCCGGGCCGUGGCCGCGGUCUCCUCGCCGCAACGAAGCUGGUGCCAAACCGGCGGCUGAUCUCUGUGCCAUCCCAGUGUGUGCUGUAUGAGCGCCAUGUCAAAGACGAAACGGUGGAGAUGCAAAGACUCGUCUCCUACCUCCAGGCCAACGCAACAGCCCAGGACAUGGUGUCCAACAAGUUCUUGCUCUCGGCAUUCAUCCUUGAGCAGCUUCAGCACCGCUCUCCGUCAAAGCGGUUUGCACCUUACCUCCGAGAUUUGCGAAAAUCUGCGCAGACGAUGCUGCCGAGGCUGCCACUUUUCUGGCCAGCCGAAGACCAAGCAGAGCUGCAAGGCACAAUGGCUGAGCACGAGCUGCCGAGGAUGCGAAGGGCCAUGCGCAUAGAGUACGAUGUUCUAUCAGCAGCUGCCCCGAACCUUGCUGCCAGCCAUCCACUGGCGGAGUAUCAGGCUGCCUACUCCUUCGUGGCAGCGCGGUCGUUCACACUGCCGCCAGAGGCUGGCGAGGAUGCUGUGCUGUAUCCUUUCAUCGAUAUGGCCAACCACGAAAUUUUGGAGCCCAACGCCACUCUCAAUUCGGAGGAGUUUGAAGAGCAUCUCCGCGAAGCAGCAGCUGCCCGCGUCGAGGUGAAGCACCAGGCUGAUGGCUUCACUGCCCACCUGUUCUCGCAGCGUGCAUUCCUCGCCAGGCAGGAAGUCACUGUGGCAUACGGCUUCCAUCCAAACUACUACGCGUUGCUGCGGUAUGGCUUUGUCACUCCUUGGAUGCAUAGAUGGACUUGUCUAACGAAGGUUCGAUUGGAGCUGGCAGUGGACUGGUUGCCCCGCGGCGAGAAGUCCCGCUGGAAGAAGCUACUGCGCAAAGUCGCCGGAAAUGCGGUGUCCUUUAACGUGGAAGCAUGUGCAGUUCCUGGCCCUGGCCUCUCCGACGCCUUGGCCUUUGCGCGCCUUUGGUCCAGUGAGCAAGGUCCUGCAUCUCUCAAGCGCUGCGGCCUCGACUUGAACCAGGCGUCCUGGAAGGAGUGGAAGUUGGACAUUGCAUGUUUCCUCCACACCGCCAGCGCCGAGCACAAGGCUUUGGACCUUGUCGAAGGCGCCCUGGCAAUGGCCAGGCAGCGUCUCGCUGGCGGAUCUUUGGAGGAGGAGGAGCAGCUUUUGUCAGACAACUCGUUGCUGCCAAAUCUGCGGAUGGCGGUCACACUGCGACGAGAUGAGAAGGACACCAUCCAAAAGCUGGAGACCUUCCUGCACCAUGCGCGAGCACGCCUGCGACGGGCUGGAUCAAUGUGGCGGUACUACUUCACAGAAGAAGCCGUGGUGAAGUCCAAGCAUGCCGAGCUGUAA